UGCUACAUAAAUACCCCUUAUAAUCACAUAAUAUUCUUAUAAUCCAAAAGAAAUAAUCAUGGCAUUACACUUAAAAAGUUCCUUAGUUUUAGCCCUUUUCAUUGCAACAAUUUCAACCUUCCCAACUUCUUUAUUAGGCCAGAAUUGUGGGUGUGCCCCGGACUUCUGCUGUAGCAAGUUCGGGUUUUGUGGGAAAACUGACCCAUAUUGUGGUGAAGGGUGUCAGUCUGGUCCAUGUAAGACAAAACCGCAGCCAACACCAACACCAACACCAAGUGGGGGUGGUGGUAGUGUUGCUAAUAUUGUGAGUCAGUCAUUUUUUGACAGCAUAAUUGGGCAGGCUGCUGCGUCUUGUCCUGGCAAAAAUUUCUAUAACCGUGCUGCUUUCUUGAGUGCUGCUAAUGCUUACCCUCAAUUUGGAACCGCUGCUUCAACUGAUGAUGCUAAGAGGGAAAUUGCUGCUUUUUUUGCUCAUGUCUCCCAUGAAACUGGCAAUUUGUGUCACAUACUGGAGCGAGAUGGAGCAGUGAGUGAUUCAUACUGCGAUACAUCCCCACAAUUUGCGCAAUACCCAUGCGCAUCAGGCAAAAAGUACUUCGGAAGAGGACCCCUUCAACUCUCAUGGAACUACAAUUAUGGUGCUGCUGGUAAAGCACUUAACUUCAAUGGUUUAGGCAACCCAGAAAUAGUUGGUAUUGAUGUCAAUAUCGCUUUUAAGGCUUCAAUGUGGUAUUGGAUGACUAAUGUUCAUUCAGUUGUUAACCAAGGUUUUGGAGCAACCAUUAAAGCUAUCAAUGGUGCCCUUGAAUGUAAUGGUAAAAAUCAGGAUCAGGCUAAUAAUCGUGUUCAAUAUUACCAAAAGUAUUGUGCUACUUUUGGAGUCUCUACUGGCCCUGGUAGCCUUACUUGUUAAGAAUAUCACUAUUAUUAUUAUUAUUAUUAUUAUUAUUAUUAUUAUUACUAAUUUACUAAUAUAUAAAUGUGUUUUACUUAUUGUUUUAUGUGAUGCAUGUAAUUUUCUAAAUAAAAUGAUGUAAUACAACAUGAAUUAUAAUAAUACAUGGAUCUAUAUAUACUGAGCUC